AUGGACUGCAAGGCUUGCGGUACCAUCACCGAGGCCGACCCCCGCCAGAAGUUGUCUUCUUUCAUCUUGAAGCAGCUUCCUGCCAAGGGCAAGAAAGACAAGUCCACCAAGAAGGCUGAGCGCAGAGCCAGAAAGGAGGCCGAGCGCAACGGCACUGCUGUCAACGAGGAUGGCAACGGCAGCCCCAACGGCAGCUCCGACCAGGACGAAGACGACGCCGACUUCGCCAUGGAUGCUGGUAGCGACGAUGAGCUCACCCGUCGCAUCAAUGCCGAGGCACAGGAGCUUGACGAGCCUGAGGAGGAGAAGGAGGUCGAAUGGACUGUCGACAUGUCUGAAGCAGCCAUCAAGGCUCGUGCCAGAGAUCUGCCUGACGAUCUCAAGCGUGCUCUUGUUAUUGAGGGUGCUGAGGACGAGGACGGUGAGGGUAACCCCUACGACCAGUUCGGCAAGUGGAUCCUUUCUGAGGGCGAGGCCAAGGGUGGUGUCUCUAAGCUUGACGAUGUCGAAGUCUACCUCAAGGCCAAGGAGCUCGGUAUCGAGACCAAGCACAAGACUGUCGCAGUCCUUGCUCAGACCAUUUUCGACGAGAACAUUGUCAAGCAGGUCGAGGCUCGCAGCAGCAUGCUCAAGCGUAUGAUCUCCUCCGAGAAGCACGAAAAGGCUUUCCUCGGCGGUUUCGAGCGCUUCGUCGGUAUGGAGAAGCCUGACCUCAUCCCUCAAGUCUCCGCCAUUCUGCUCCAAUACUACCAGAACGACCUUGUCUCUGAGGAGACCCUCAAGGCUUGGGGCUCCAAGGCUAGCAAGAAAUACGUCGACCUGCCCACCAGCAAGAAGGUCCGCAAGAGCGCCGAGAAGUUCAUCGAGUGGCUCGAGACCGCCGAGAGUGACGAGGAUGACGAGGAGGAGUCUUCUGACGAGGAGUAA